AUGGUCAUUCUGACAUCAUUCCACAUCACCAUCAAUCACUCUGUUUCAGAUGAUCCGCUGGCAAUAAAACCUGAGCCAGGCCAGUUCGAAGUUGUGGAGGCAAUAAAACCUGAACCAGACCUAUUUGAAGUUGUGAAGGAGGAGCCUGAGGAUCUUCUCCUGGUCACAGACUUCAAGCCUGAGUUGUCACCUCCUCCCGACGAGAGUCCAACCGAGAGUCGAGCUGCGAGUCCAGCCUGGAGUCCGGCCGAGAGUCCCGCCGAUAGUCCAUCUGAUAGCUGUUCAGAUGACCAGCGCGGGAAGCGCCGCGAUGGGCGAUCCUGCACAGCCAGUCGCUCUGUAACUGGCCGUAAAAUCAUAAAAUCCGAAUCACCAUCAGCUUCCGUCGACGCCGAAGCCUGCUCACCACGGGAAGCAUCUCAGAGUCCUGAAAACGCUGCGGAACGACCCAAAAGAAGACGCCGCAAACGCUCUCCGAAAUCUUUCCCCUGCCCCUCGUGCGACCAGGUGUUCAAGUGCCGUAGCUGGCUAGAGAAGCACCGGCGCACGCAUACGGGCGAACAGCCGUUCAACUGUAAGUACUGUGGACAGACGUUCACUCAACUCAGCAGUCGAAAUAAACAUGUCAGGCACAAACACUUUGGAGGGCCGAAACCGUGGCUAAGUAAUGGUAAACCGGAGCCGGUUCGUUGUGAUGUGUGCGACAAGGUUUUUGCUACAAAGAGCUACCUACGAGCACACCAGGCUACUCAUUCAGGCGAAAUGACUGUGGCGUGUAAACUUUGUGACAAAACUUUCCCGCACAUCAUUAAGCUCAAUGCGCACAUGAGGUGUCACUCAGGGCGAUUUCGAUGUGAAAAGUGCGGCGACUCGUUCCCAUGCAAAAGCAAGCUGGACAGACACAUUUUUCGGCGACACUCCGACGGGGGGCCUACAAAGUGUGAUAUAUGCUCCAAGGAAUUCACCAGUCGCGGCGGACUGAACAAGCACAUGGGUAUCGUGCACGCCACGUCACCGAAACCGUUCGCCUGCGGCACGUGCGGACGGUCGUUCACAACAAAACGUUUUUUGGCCGUACACAUCGCCACGCACACCAAGGACCAGGAGGUCAGCUGUGACAUCUGUGGUAAAACCUUCAGCCAUCCGCGCUCCCUGUACAUGCAUAAGAAGGCGCACCGCCCGCAGGGAAAAACUUCUUGAUCGUAACACAUCAGUCGUGACAUGGUCGUGUAGUGUCAUUCGUCACCUUGACAUGUUGACCGAAGGUUUGUGUUCAAUAGCUAAAAACACUAUUCGCUACAAUUUUGUUUCUCUACUGAAAAACAAUUCUUAGUUCUCAGACAUUUUGUCAAGAGCUGCCCGAAAUCUUAAUCGUUAACGCAUAGCGCGAAAGCGUUGUGUUGGGUUGUUAAUCAUUCCCAGGCACGAACGUAUUUUUAAUUAUUGUCUGGCGGUAAAGCAGGAGUUAAAGGUGCAUACGUAAUCUACAAGGCUGUAGCUGAAGGCUUUUAAGACGACUGUUUCGACCUAAUCUUUGUUAGCUGCUGAGUGCUUUGUUAUGUGUGCUGCGCUGAUGUAUGUGAAUGAAAUAUGUACUAAAAUUCUGUAAGGAGGUAGAUAGCCACAGAUAGUAGAUGCUAUAUUUUGUGCGUAAGGCUGGUGUAUUCACAUAUGUACCUAUAGACUAGAGCGCACUUAUUGUGAUCGCAACACUUACAAGAUUACAGAGAGAGGUAGGGUAAUUCGGACCACUGGGUUUAAAUGAAGCCAAUCGGCUUGCUAACUACCGCACCCAUUCAAUGAAUUAACUAUUUGUUCAAAAUAUACUGUCAACGUGCUCGUUCUUGGUGCUUAAUAAUAAGUCAACUAGGCAUAAUAUUCAACUGUUUCAUUGGCCUUAUUAUAAUUAACACUUGGUGUGAAGAUUAAGGUGGUAAGAUUACAAUAGCCGCGUUACUUUUGUGAGCUGAUCAUUUCCGCGCACUCCGACUGCUUGGGAAAAUCGCCAUUAGCCAUGAUAUUUCCCAAAUCGAUGUCUGGGGUAAGCUGGGCCACUUGAAUUUAGUGUAAGCCGGACCACUUGUGGCCCAAUAGUAGUCGGACUACCGUACUAUUCCUGCGUAAUAUACUUCUACUGCGUAACCGCCCCUAACGCCGCAUAAUUGAUGCUUAUGCUGCAUAAUCACUGAAUUGUCACUGUGCUAUCAUUAUGGUUAUUUUCUCCAAUAAGCCUGGAAAGGUCGCAUUAUUAUGCGGCCUUGAUUGGUAACUUUGUUUCUUAUGUGCAAUGUUAUGUUAUUCGCUGCGUAUGAAUCUGUAUGAAUUCGUUGUUGCCACUAUCUGCCGUAGCGCCGCACUGUAUGCAUGCCCGUGAUGUAGACGUUGUUACUGUGUGAACUGUGACAGAUCACUAGCACAGCUGUACUCACCCUGCGCGGUGCGGCAACAUCCCCGUCACGUCAUGGCGCCAUUCAGCUUGCAAGCUGACAAUGUGCCUGUUGAUGAAGUGUACGGGAUAAUGGAAAAUGUAAUAUCAGAUUGAGCUGUCCUUGUACCUGUGUUCCGCGCCCCGGCGACUGUGAGCCAGCGUGGUCUGACCUGGCCUCGGGCAAUGGACCUAAGGCUGGGUUGUGUCUUUUUACAUGCCCGAGUUGUGUUUGUGUCGGCGUCAAAUACACAGUUGGGUUCGGGA